GAGAGAAAUGAAAUUAGAAAAUGGUGAGCUGAAAACAUACGCUACACACAGAAUUUAUAUAAAGAGAAACGAGAAAGUCUGAUUAAGCAUAUUAUUCCCCAUUAACCUCUCUCCACUUUGUGUCAUCCUACUGAUCUGCAUUUCCAGAUCAUCCCCAAGAACACAGCUCAACAAGUACUUUAAAAAAGACUCUCUCUUCUCCUGUUUCUUUCUUUUCUCUUUCUCUAGAUCUAUAUAUCUACCACUCACUCACACGAGGAAGAGGACGGGGGAAAUAAGAGGAAGAGGAGAGAGAUGGGAAGAGGGAAGAUCGAGAUAAAGAAGAUAGAGAAUAAGACAUCGAGGCAAGUGACCUUCUCCAAGAGAAGAAAUGGUCUUAUCAAGAAGACUCGUGAGCUCUCUGUUCUCUGUGAUGCUCACAUCGGUCUCAUCGUCUUCUCUGCCACCGGAAAGCUCACCCAGUACUGCUCCGAACACUCUAAUAUGCCUCAGCUCAUUGACAGAUAUUUGACAAAAGAAGGAUUGCAACUUCCUGACCUUAAUGACGACCGGGAUGACCUGCGCCAUGAGAUUGAAAUACUAAGAAGGGAGACAUGUAAGCUUGAGCUCCGUCUGCGUCCAUACCAUGGACAUGACUUAGCCUCCAUUCCUCCACACGAGCUCGAUGGGCUAGAGCAACAGCUCGAACAUUCUGUCCAUAAAGUCCGUGAGCGUAAGAAGGAGUUGCUGCAGCAACAGUUGGGGAAUCUUAGCAGAAAGAGGCGGAUGCUAGAAGACGAUAACAACAAUAUGUACCGUUGGCUUCAUGAUGAGCAUCGUACGGGGAUUGAGUUUCAGCAAGCUGAGAUAGAGACCAAACCAAUGGAGUAUCAACAGUUUCUAGAGCAUGUUCAGUACUAUAAUGAUCAUCAGCAGCAACAAAGCAGUGUUCUUCAGCUCCCUACGCUUCCUUCAGAGAUUGAUCUUAGUUACCAUCUCCAGCUUGCUCAGCCUAAUCUUCAAAACGAUCCAACGAUCACCAAGGUUGAUUAAUCCAUCAACCAGUUCUACUCUCUCUUUAUGGAGACAAAUGAAUGAAGAAGUACCAUUUCUGUCUUUUAUUACCUAUUCUGAUUAGCCAAUGUCUUCUUUUGUGUCUAUUUGGUGUGGCCAUGGAACCUACUUUAAAGUACAAUAUUUCAUUUGAGAAGCACAAUGGACUUUGAUUAUAUUAAUCAUAAUAAUCAUUCAUCAUGAUC